AUGGGGCUGCCCCUCCGCACCCUGCUGCUCCUGCUCCUGCUGUGCCCGGCAGCUGCCCCCUUCCGGAUUUGCGCCUUCAACCUGCAGCGCUUCGCUGGCCCCAAAGCCGCCAAGACCGCCGUCAUGGACACGCUGGUCAAGAUUGUCUCUCGCUGUGACAUCGCAGUGCUGCAGGAGGUGAUGGAUGCCAAGGGGCAGGCCAUGCCAGCGCUGAUCAGCGCCCUGCACAGGUCUGCAGGCCCCGACUCCUACACAGCCCUGGGCAGCCCGCUGCUGGGAGCCGGGAAUUACCAGGAGCGCUACGUCUUCGUGUACCGGUCCGGCCGCACCCAGCUCCUCGACUCCUACGUGUACCUGGACGAGAACCCCGCCAGACCGGAUGCCUUCGCCCGCGAACCCUUUGUCGCGCGCUUCAGCCUGUCCAGCAAAGCCCUCCCCACCCUGGUGCUUGUUCCCCAGCACACCGUGCCCAAGAAGGCCGAGGCGGAGAUCGAUGCGCUCUACGAUGUCUUCCUGGAUGUCCAGGCCCGCUGGGGGACAGAGGACAUCAUGUUCCUGGGGGACUUUAACGCCGACUGCGGUUACGUGGCCAAGAAGCGCUGGGGCCAGAUCCGGCUGCGGCGUGAGCCCGGCUUCCACUGGCUAAUCGGAGACGCUGCCGACACCACUGUGCGGAACAGCACACGCUGCGCCUACGACAGGAUCGUGGUGCAUGGGGAGCGCUGCCUGGCGCUGGUGGUGCCCGGCUCAGCCCAGCCCUUCGACUUCCCUGGCACGUUCGGGCUCACGGAGACCCAGGCGCUGGAGGUCAGUGACCAUUACCCAGUGGAAGUGCAACUGGAACUGAACGCCGCCCCGAGGGGGCGCUGGCCGGCCGGCCCAGCACUGCUGCCCCUGGCCAUGCUGAUGGCCGGACUGGGGGGCUGGUUCUGA